AUGCGCUGUCAGCUGACUGCAGUAAAUUCACCGACCAUCGCUGCAAACACAGACCAGGAGCUGGAGGAUCAAUAUAUUCUUGUCGAUCUAUCUCUCUCCGAACUAAACUAUGGCUAGCCAGUCCCAGGGUAUCCAGCAGCUUUUGCAAGCCGAAAAACGAGCUGCAGAAAAAGUCGCAGAAGCCCGCAAACGUAAGAACCGUCGGCUGAAGCAGGCCAAGGAGGAAGCCCAGGCCGAGAUUGAGCAGUACCGUAUGCAGAGGGAGAAGGAGUUUAAGACCAAGGAGGCUGCGGCUCUUGGAUCCCAUGGUAACUCUGCUGUAGAGGUGGACAAAGAGACCGUGGGCAAGAUGGGUAGCAUCCAGACCAGCUACCAGCAGAACCGGGAAGGGGUGCUGGGCAACCUGCUUAAGAUGGUGUGUGACAUCAAGCCAGAGAUACAUGCCAAUUACCGUUUUGCAGGUUAACCCCCCCCCUAUUUUCUCUACGAAUAUAAUCAUCAGAUGUGUAUACGAUUCAGAUAGGUAUACAUUUGUCCAGUCAAAUAUAAAGCAUAUUCACUCCGUUGGAUAAUCAAAGCAGGCAGAGGUUGUGUUGGUCCUAUGCAGUGUCUGUUUCCCGUCUUCAUGGCUUGUAGUAUCAAGGUUUUUCUGUAAAGCUUAGUGUGUGUCUUGCUAUACAAUGUGAUGUUUAUUUAUAUGGACAUAUUGUUCUUGUUUUAUUCGUGGAGACAAAAUACAGUACUUCUUCCACUUAAUGGACUGUUAGACCUGAAAAAAAGACAAUUACAUUGCUGUUUUGUUUGAAUGUUUUCCUGCUGUCCCAAUUUAUUUACUCAUCUCCUCUAUAAAUAUGAAUGUGUUAUCCUGUAUAGUAGAAAUUCCUCUGUUCACAAAUAUUGUGACUUUAUUAAACUAAUAAAGUGUUCUGGUGGUUUA